GCACAAUUCAAAACCCGCUUAUUGGUGUAGUAUUUAUUUUAUCAAUAAUACAAAACCAUUCAGCACCCUGAAUAUUUCUGAAGAUAGUUAACCUUAGUUGAAAUAUAUAGCAGAAAAUGGAUUGCGAUGCUGUGGACGACUCAAUUGAUGAUUUCCUAGCAAAUAUUGAAAUUCCCAGUGCUCCUAAAGUACAGAAAGUCGAGAAGCCACAAACUUUGAUACUCAGUAAUGCUUCCAAUACAAAUACAUCGGCUGCAUCAGCGAACAGCACCGCCACAGCGCCUUUGCCAAAAACUGCAUCAAAUCCACAUUGCAUACUGGUUAAUCCUAAACAACGUGGUAAUCCCGUGCUCAAAUCCAUUGUCAACAUUCCUAUCGAAUUUCGUGACGAUAUCAUACCAGAUUAUGUGGUGGGACGCACUUCGUGUAUACUUUUUAUAUCACUUAAAUAUCACACGCUCAAUCCAGAUUAUAUCUGUCAGCGGCUAAAAGAAUUAGGAAAGCAGUAUGAAUUGCGUGUACUCUUGGUACAAAUAGAUGCACCGGAACCGCAUUCAGCUUUGAAAAAUCUAACACGUAUUACGCUACUAACCGAUUUAACUCUUAUGCUGGCAUGGAGCGCCGAGGAAGCAGGAAAAAUCAUAGAAACCUACAAGCAAUUUGAAAAGCGUUCACCGGAGUGGAUUAUGGAACGCGUAGAAUCAAGUCCACAUCAAAAGUUGGUUUCCGCAUUGACAAGUAUUAAGCCGGUGAAUAAGACUGAUGCAGUAACAUUACUACAGAAUUUCGGAAAGUUGGAAAAGCUUAUAAAUGCAAGCGAAGAACGCUUGUCGCUUGUGAUUGGGCUAGGGCCGCGGAAGGCUUCGAAACUGUACAAAACAUUACACGAGCCUUUUCUUACAAAGUAAUUUUCUUUCCAUAAAAUAGUACAAUAAAGAUUUUUUAUUACACCAAAUAAAGCCAAUCUACGAAAACUA